CUUUUUCGUAAUCAUACACACACACACCAAACAUCUUACAACUAAGAAAAUACAAACAUGGGCUCCAUCUCCCUCACCGAUAUGUCCAACCCUUCGUGCCUCCUCUACGGCGCCCACGACGCCCGCUACGAAGACCGACCCAUUCCCACCAUCACCUCCCCAACAGACGUAACAAUCCGCAUUGCCUACACCGGCGUCUGCGGCAGCGAUGUCCACUUCUACCUCCACGGCGGCAUCCACCGCCCCAUCUCCCCCUCCAACCCCAUAACAAUGGGCCACGAAUCCACCGGCAUCAUCCACGCCGUUGGGCCCGCCGUGACCACCCUCUCGCCAGGCGACCCCGUAGCUCUCGAACCCGGCUACGCAUGCCACCGCUGCAACCUCUGCAAAUCCGGACGAUACAAUCUCUGCCGGGAGAUGAAGUUCGCCGCCGUCCCAAGUGUAUGUCACGGCACGCUUACUCGCUUCUUCAAAUUACCGGCCGAUUACUGUUAUCGUAUCCCGGAGGGGACGUUGGGACUGGAUGAGGCAACGCUGUUGGAGCCCUUAGGUGUGGCGGUGCGGUCUGUCAGGGAGGUGGGGGUGAAGCCUGGGAUGAGUGUUGUGGUGUUUGGGGCGGGGUCAGUGGGCGUGUUGUGUAUGGCUGUGGCGAGGGAGUUUGGGGCAAGUAGGGUGGUGGGGGUGGAUUUGAGUGAGAAGAAGUUGGCGUUUGCGGAGAGCGUGGUGGGUAAGGGGGUUUGGGGAGGUGGGUAUGUUCCGUCUGGGGAUGGGGAGGUGGAUGGGAGGAGGCUGGUUGAGGGGUUCUGCGAUGGUGAUGAGGAAGGAAAUGCAGGGUUUGAUGUUGUUAUUGAGGCUACGGGGGCAGAGGCUUGUAUUAAUCUUGGGAUAGAGGUGGUGAAGGUUGGAGGGGCGUUUAUGCAGACGGGCCUGGGUAGGAAGAAUGUGGAUUUUCCUAUUGGGACGGUGGCUGGUAAAGAGGUGGUGGUUAAGGGGUGUUUUCGGUAUGGGCCAGGAGAUUAUAAGCUCGGGAUGCAAAUGGCUGUGGAGGGGAGAAUUUCGCUAAAGAGUUUCAUUACGAAGAUUGUCGGGUUUGAGGAAGCGGUUGAGGCGUGGGAGACUACGGCUAGAGGAGAGGGUAUUAAGACGUUGAUUAGGGGGGUGGAUACGCCGGUGGAGGAGUAGGCUGCAGUCUGCUGCAUCGAUUGAGUAGUGCAUGUAAGGAGUAGAUGAAGCUGGAUAGCUAGCUAUAGUUCUAUCCCCGCAUGCAUCCGGACUAAGCCCUCUGUGCCUGAGUGGUCAUCCUCUUUACCUCGUCCUCCAAGAUCUCCGGCAACGUCGCCUCAAUACUCGGCUGCGUGGGCGUCCAUUCCAACACCUUGGCUCCUCUCCUGGCACGUCCCCGAGAAUUCAACCCCCAACUCAGCGCCUCAUACCCGCCAUACCUCUUUGCAUCCUCCAAACUGAUCUUCUCCUUCUCGAC